UUCUUUCAGUCCAAAUCUCCUGUGGAACAUCCACGUUGUUCCGGAAAUCUUAUGUAACUGCUAAUGACGACAUUAAACACAACCAGAUCCCUCCUCAGCCCAUGACCAUAGCUCCGCAGGCAGACUGCUCCUCUACACCUAUAAAAGACUACGACACGUUCCCUCCAUCCCUCCCUCCAACCUUCCCUCCGCCGCAGAACCCCGGCCGCAUGCUGGAUGACUCCUUCUUCGAGCCUCCAGACCAGCCCCUCCCCCAGCCCCCGUCUCAGGCUGCCACUGACCUCCGGAUGCACCUGGGCCUCAAAUCCACUGGCAACUACGUGGACUUCUACUCUGCAUCCCGGCCCUACUCCGAACUCAACUACGAGACCAGCCACUACCCGGCUUCGCCUGACUCCUGGGUCUAGAGACAGGAGUCACAACUUAUCUCUGGUCCUGGAGAGACAUAGGCUUGUGCAGGCUUUAGCUCCAGCCUUGCAGUAACAACACCUGAUUCAAGUAAUUGAAGUGUUAUGAACAGUUGUUUUUAGGAUAUUAGGUUUAUUAGUGCUGGGCUGGAACAAAAGCCUCCAUGGUCCUGUAGCUCUCCAGGACUGGGAGUGAAAACACUGGUGUAGAGUAAGGUGGGAGUGGGAGUGGGAGGUUAAUAUUAGUUACUAACCGCAGCAGAGAUUGAGGGGGUAGAGGAGGGAGGUGCCAGGGGGUUGUUAGGGACUGAGGCGUGAAGAGAGACUGCAUGUGCAUGAAUACCACAAUACAUUUUCUUUCUACCAGUUCAGUUUGUUCAAAGCUUGUUCCACUGGGAAAGUGAAUGUAUGGAUAUGUCAAAAGGGAGAGAAAGAACGAGAGAGGGAGAGAGACAGAGGAAAGAGAGAGAGAGAGCCUUGACGGAAAG